AUGUACCCAAGGAUCCAUCAACAAUUGCUGUCACAUAGUGAUACUGGUCAACGCGAUCACGACCGUCGGGAUCCAUCAGGUUCAGCCAACUUUAGACACAAUCCUGUACAUAUAGAAGCCCAUGAUGUCUCGGUCUCCCUCACUACUUCGUCCUUCGAAGGUAUACGACGCGCUUGGAAGACGACAAAAAGUACAGCUAUACCACCACAACCACCAAGGAUUCUCCACAACGUACGAGCAUAUAUACCCCCUGCACAGUUGACCGUUAUCCUCGGAGGUAGUGGUUCCGGAAAAACUUCCCUCCUGAAUGUGCUCUCUGGCCGAACACAGAAUGGUCGUCUAAAUAUUACGGGCAACACCACGUACAAUGGUAGCGCAGACAUUGGAGCAUUUCAGAGUGCCUAUCUGGUACAGCAAGAUAUCCUUCCUGCGAUGUUGACCGUCCGCGAGAUAUUGAGCUAUGCCGCUGAGUUAAGCUUGGGUUCUGCAGGAGUCUCGGAGAUUAACCGUGCUGUCGAUAGCAUCAUUUCGAGGCUAGGCCUCGAAAACUGUGCGGAAACCAGAAUUGGAGACAGCAAGAAUAAGGGAUGUAGUGGGGGUGAAAUACGAAGAGUCAGCAUUGGGAUUCAACUGCUAAAAGCGACCUCGGUACUCUUUUGCGAUGAACCAACAACUGGUCUUGAUGCAACAACGGCUUUUCAGGUUAUUCAGACUUUAAAGCAACUAGCCGAUGGGGGUAUGACAGUGGUCAUGUCACUCCAUGCACCCAGGUCUGACGCAUGGAGUCUUUUUGACAAUGUGAUUUUACUGUCCAGUGGUCACUUGAUGUACAGUGGACCAUCAGAUAUGGUGGGCGACUAUUUUAAGGAUUGUGGAUAUGAAAUGCCUCCAUUCGUGAAUCCGGCGGACUUUCUCUUGGAUAUCACAUCAAUUGAUGUACGCUCAGAGGCAUUAAAGUCUAAAUCCCGUGUUCGCGUGGAGCAGCUGAAACUAUGCUGGAUGAGUCGUUCGGCAGCCAUUACAGCUAACUGUCUCUCCAACUCCCGUGAUGUAUGUGAUUAUUUAGACUCCGGUACCAAAGCUCCAAGUUAUUCAAGAGUAUGCAAAGUAAUGAUACAGCGAGACCUGAAAAUAUGCUGGAGGGACUGGAAGUCGCUAUUUGGAAUUUGGUGUGCUGUUGCUGCGUUGGCUGCUAUCAACGGUUGGGCUUUCUGGCAACUAGAUGGCAGCUUGAGUGGGAUUAGGUCACGCGAAGGGAGCCUCUGGGACGCCACUGGGCUAUAUGGAUACUUGAUUCUAGUCCAUGAGAUAUGCCGUCUAAUUGAUGAGAUUGGUCUAUUCGAUCACGAGCGGAGAGACGGAGUCCUGAGUGCGUCCGCGUUUUUACUUAGCCGGAGAGCGUCGAGGUUUUUCCUAGAGGAUCUAAGCCUUCCACUUCUCUUCACGGCCAUCUACUAUCCCAUGGUCGGAUAUCGUGGCUCGGGCUCCCAGGUUUGCAUCUUUCUACUUGUCAUGCUACUAACACAUUAUCUUGCCAUUGGGUUCGCCGGUCUUUGUGUGGCCACUACCAGGAGCUUUCACGGAGCAGGCCUGAUGGGAAACCUCUUUUUCACUUUGCAGAUGGUGGCAUCCGCAUACUUUAUCCAGACUGAUCAGGCCCCACCGUACGCUCGAUGGCUCAAAUGGGUCACUCAUACUUUCUAUACAUUUGGUGCUCUAUGUACGAACGAGUUUAUCGGUGUGCAUGGCCCAUACCAAGGCCACCUAUAUGACUGUCCUUUCUCAGCCGAUCUUGCAGAUCCUCGCUGUAAGCAGUAUACUGGACGGUUUGUCAUGGAUAGCCUGGGAAUGCCGAAAGAGUGGAUAUGGCGUCCUAUUGUUAUCUUGUGGUCCAUGACUUGUAUCUUUCAUUUAUGGGGAGCCAUUGUCCUCCAUGUUAAGAAUCCAAAGCCACCUCUCACCCCACCGGAAAGGGUAUGUAACCCUAGUUCGACGGAGGUAGGGAUUAGGGCAAGAUACGACCGUUCAUUGACUCCAGUUUCCCUCUGUCUGGAAGACUACGUCCUAGAGGCGAAACGGCGAAAUGUAACCAGUAUCACAUCCAGGAUCUGUGGUCCAAUAUCCACCAUAUUUCAGCCAGGAAAGCUGAAUGUGAUUAUGGGAGCAUCAGGUAGUGGCAAAACAUCAUUGUUGUCUUCAUUAUCUGAAAGGCUUCCUCCGAGUUCAGGUUCCAAAUGGUGCUGUACAGGCUCAGCUUUGUAUAAUGGAAAGCAAUUACCAAAGGUCCAAAUCAGAUCAAUGGUUUCAUUUGUGGCUCAGGAUGAUGGCAAUCUGAUGCCGGCACUUACGGUGGACGAAACAUUGCUCUUUGCCGCUCGGCUAAAGUUGCCAUCCUCUAUGCCUGACAGUGAGAAGCGUGAGCGUGUUUCAGAAGUUAUUACAAGAUUCGGUCUGGAAUCAUGUGCCAGACGUCUAGUUGGGUCCGCAAUCAUAAGGGGAAUCAGCGGCGGGGAAAAACGCCGUCUGUCGAUCGCUUGUGAAAUCCUAACCAUGCCGCGAGUUCUUAUUUUAGAUGAGCCUACGUCCGGACUCGACAGCUUCAUGGCACUCACUGUACUAGAAGUCCUGCAGGGUCUAGCUGCUGAAGGCUGCACUAUCAUUCUCACAGUCCAUCAGCCCACGUCGUCGAUGUGGCCACUUUUCUCCACCUGCCUGCUUCUCUCACCAGAUGGCUUACCGUUGUACUCUGGUGAAACGUCUGAGAUGCGUCCCUAUUUUUAUUCAGUGGGAUUUGAGUGCCCUAAGGCGAUGAAUCCUGCAGACUUCUUCAUGGAUCUUGCAACAUCCGGUGAAAUUCAAGGGGGCUACGAAGAUAGUAAGAAGCGACUAGGCAGUCUUGUCGAUGCGUGGAAAGCCCAUAGGUCCUACACAAGAAACCAAUCCUUUGGUUCUCGGCCCGGAACUGAUCGUGGUCUUACGGAAUCGGUUUCGGAUUCUAUAACAUGCAACCAUCAUUCUUCUGUAACAGCAUUUCCGAUGCUUGUACAUCGUGCCAUGUUGAACACUUCCCGCCAGCCAAUAUCAAUCCUGGCCCGAUCAAUCCAGGCUCCUGGCGUCGGUCUUUUGUUGGCACUAUUUACUGCACCGAUGAAAACAGACUACAUUUCCAUCCAAACUCGCAUGGGUGUUAUUCAACAGUAUUCGUGUUUAGCAUUCAUUGGUAUGCUCCAGAACGUCGCUACCUUCCCUCCUGAAGUGGAUGUUAUGUACCGGGAGACAUCAGAGGGCCUAUACAAUAUUGAAGCAUUUCUAGCGCAGUACACCAUGCUCGAACUUCCUUUCGAAGCUUUUUCUGCCCUGUUAUUUGCUCUGUUACUAGCAUACGCAGCAAAAUUAGCACCUAAGGCAGACCUGUUUGGUUUCUUGUUCCUAAGCGCCCUUUGUGCGCUGAACAGUGGGGAAUCCAUAAGUAUGCUAUUUUAUCUUCUCUUUGAUCAUAUAAGUCUAGCAGUCAGCUUCACGGCGUCGUUACUUGCUAUCUUCACCGUGCUAGGCGGCGUCAUGAGUCUGGAUCCACCAAAGGUACUUCAGUGGUUCAAUCACAUAUCGCCAGUCAAGUAUGCAGUAACCAGUAUCUCUGUCUUGACCAUGAGAGAUUUAGAAUUUACUUGCACGGAUGAGCAGCGAGAUGUGAAUGGAAAGUGUCUAAUAGAAACCGGAGAACAAGUCUUGCAGCUGUACAAAUUCGAUCAGAAAAAUCCAUGGUUGGAAGUCUUGGGGGGUGUUGUGGUCAUGUUGUGCUAUCGUUUGCUGGUAUACACGGUUCUCAAGGUCAAGGUCAAGCGGUUGAACUCCAGGGGCACCCGAGAUUGGCUUAGACGACAACUACGACGACAAGGAAGCAAGACGACUCGCGAGGAAGAACGAGGCUUGGUGCUUUCUACCCUAAACGCAUGAUCUACUCUAUAUAGUCUCACUGUGUCUCUGUAUAUUCCAUCCAAUACUGUGACAUGACUUUCAGGAUAUAUUUCAUUGCUUUUUAUGUUGCGCCAAUGUUGAUUUAGUAUUACUGGGACUGG